AUGAAACAGUGUGUUGGCAGGUACAUCAUUUAUGACUUGCAGGCUGAGAAGAAAUACAUGUUAAACAUGAACUUAAGUGUUUGUUUUGAGGAGAGCGGACCAUGUCUGGUUUCUGUACCCGUAUUUGAAAACACCAAACUUCCUAAACUUGGAUGUGAUUGGACACAAACAAACCUUGAUUUCUCAUUAAGUGAAUUUAAAGCUCAGAAUUGUAUAAGUGGAGCUGUUAAGGGAAUACUUCGUGACAAGAUGCUGGAAGCUCUGGGAAUCACAUCAUAUCUGAAGACUCCAUCUUGUAGCAGGACAGCAGUACCAUUUAAUGGAUCUGUAAAUGGAUGGACUAACAAGUGCAACUUGACCUUGCCAAUACAGUUACCAGCAAUAAGUUCCAGCAUACCUCUGACGUGUAGCCUGAUGGACACAUGUACUGGUUUCACAUGCUGUUUAGAUAUAACUGACUUUGAUCUCUCUGUUAAUUUUUACAUCAGUUUGGAUGCUUGUAAUUAUGAAUUUUCAGUUGGAAUAGAGAAUUUACCCUACAAGAAGAAAUUGUUGAAUUACGAUUUUGGAACAGAGGAAUUUAUAACAUUAGCUGAUGUUAUUCGCUUGAGGUUUAAAAUUGAUGAUCUGAAGACCGAGAAGAUGUUUCUGUUGAAUGCUGGAGUGUCAUUAUGUCUAGAUAAUAAGCAGUCAUGUCUUUUUACUUUGAAGCUUAUGAAAGAUAUACUGCUGCCGAAACCUUUGUGUAAUCUAGAGACUAAAAUUACUUUGUCUAACAUAUCAGCAGUUGACUUCCUAAAAAAUCAAGUAGACAAGGCUCUUAAUGCUAUGCCAGGAUAUGUCUCUGAUCUGUUCAUUGAAGCAGUAGGAGUAAAACAAUACAUGGAAGAUCCAUCCUGUAGCAGGAGUAGUGCCCCUUACUCUCCUUCAACAGAUGGAUGGAAUAAAGAAUGUCCACUAGACCUAACACUACCCAAGAUACCAAAAAACAUUCCUGUAACAUGCCACAUACCUGAUUACUGCACAGGUGUAGAAUGUUGUGUCGAUAUUGAGUUUAUAAAGAAGUCCUUCCACUUCUACAUACUUCUGGAUGGAUGUCAGUGCAGAAUCAAGGCUGGGAUAGAUCAUUUUGGGAUAGAUAAAGCCUUCUUUUCAUCUGAUAGUGGUGUGAAAAGAAGUGCCAAGUUAGGCAACAUUAUGUUUUUAGAUUUUUUGGUGAUUGAUCUGCAAGCUGAGAAGAAGAUCAUUUUUAGUAUGAAUGCCAGUGUAUGUUUAGAAGAAGGAAAAGCUUGUGAUAUAACCUUAGAAAUUGUUAAGGACAUGUAUCUUCCAAAAAUUGCCUGUGAUUGGAGCAGCAAUAUAAACAGUUUCUCAGCAUCAGAUUUCUUGGCUAAGCAAGGACUUUCUCUCCAGAGCCCAUUGACAGACAUUGUAGUUAAGCAGAUUUUAGAGAAACUUGGUAUAGCUGAAUACCUACAAGAUCCACAGUGUGAUAUCAGCAAUCAAAUGUACCAAUCACAGCCAGGAGAUCUUGUUGGGUGGAGAGAUGAAUGUCUUGGAGGAUUGGGUAACCUAACAGCACUUACUCCACUAUCUAUAGCCACACCUAAGGGACACAUUGCAUCACACUGUACUUACAUUGACUUCUGUUUAUAUAUACCAUUACUGAGGAGGUCAUUUCAUGCUUACUUUGACCUCAAUAUGUGUGAAAGGUCAUUCAAGAUUGGUAUAGAAAAGCUUGUCCUGGAUUCUGAUUUCUCAUCCUACACCUGGGGACAAAGAGAUACUAUAGAUUUGAUAGAUGUCUUCAUAGUUGAUUUUCUUGUUGACUAUAAUGAAACUGCAAAGUAUUUCCGUGUAGACCUGAACAUAAGUAUCUACUUAGACAGAAGUCAACAGUAUGUGACAUUUGAAGUGUUCGAGGGACAAGUUCUACCAAUUUCUGCAUGUGACUAUGAUACAAGUUAUGGAGUACCAGGAUUCAACUUAAACAGUUGGUAUGCCUAUCAUAACGUACCAAAAGGAUCACUACUGAACCCUGUCAUGGCAUCAAAGCUGCUAGAAUUUCUAAAAAUUGGUGAAAUGAUGUCUCCCACACAGUGUCAACCAUCAGGAACUAAGUACAGUCCAUCUGUUGCAGGAUGGAAGAAUGCGUGUCCACUUGAUGUUCCCAUGGCAACAAUCCAUCCAUCAUCAGUAGGAUCCAUUGCUGAAGUGUGUACAGCUGUAGAUUUCUGUUCUGAUGUUGAUUUCCUGGGACGUCCAUUCCACACAUACAUUGACCUAGAUCCUUGUACAAACAUCGGCAAAAUUGGCAUUGAAGAAUUUCGUCUAAAGUUAGAUUUGGCUGAUGCCACCAUUUUUGAUGUGGAGAAAAACUUUAAUUUGAAAGGAGUUGUAAAGUUGACAUACAAAAUAGAGAAGUUCCCAGUACAGCGUCAAUACAGAGUCAACCUUAAAAUCCAGAUAUGUUUCAACAGUACCUCAGUAUGUGAGAUAGUGAUAAAUCCCUUUACUAAAGCUAUGAUCCCAUGGAGACAAUGUGCCUGGGACCUACCAUAUUCCACAUCAGGAUUUUCAUUGUCUAGUCAUCUGAAAAGUAUUAACAAAAAAUCAGGACAGACAUUUACUUCAAAGGAAAGAGCUGAUUUGUUUAAAUUACUUGGAAUUAACUCCUAUGUCUUGGGAACACCUUGUGUAUUGUCGGAUUAUUCACCAAUCACUGCAGAUAGAUGGAAGAAAGAUUGUGCAGCAGACGUCACCUUGCCAACACUUCCUGCCAAUGCAGCAUGUAACAUCCAUGAUAAGUGUACUGCUGUGGAUUGUUUUUUAUUGAAUUGCUAUUUAUAG